GACAAGAGCCUUUGCCUGAGGCCUCUGCCUCCACUCAUUCUGUGCAGGCCAACAUGCCAGCCCUCGACCCCGACCCCGACCCCUUCGCCUCCCGCUUCCACGGCCCUAUCCCAGACAUCCCCGACGAUGCCUACCGCGUCCUCCUCACCGGUUUCGGCCCUUUCUUUCGAUACCGCGAAAACCCCUCGUGGCUCGCAGCGCGCCCUCUCAAUAAUGUCACUUUCCACUUCGACCCGUCCCCCGAUCGCAUGGUCGAGGACGAUCUCCCUCCCGCCGCCAAUGGCCGUGGCAGAGCUCGUCUGAUCCACAUCACAUCCCUCCAGCUCCCCGUCACGUACCAGGCCGUCCUCGACUGUGGCCCUGGCUUCCACGCGCGCCCGCCCGUGCUCCCGCCGUCCAGCGACCCCUUGCACCCUCUCGCGCCCCCACCCGAGGGUGGCUACGACUUCAUAUUCCACCUCGGGCUUGCAGGCCGGGGCCCGCUCCGCAUGGAGCGCCUCGCGCACAAGAUCGGAUACAGGAUGAAGGACACCGCCGGGCAGCACGCCCCGAUCGUGGAUUACCUCCCCGAUCCCGCGACGCUCGAGCAGUCGCAAGCGGAGGUGCUCGAGCACGCCGCGCGCCUCGCAGCCUUUCUGGGCAACCGGGUCACCGAGGGCGUGAUGGACGUGCACGGGCCGCUCGACGCCGUCCAGGACUCGCCCACGCGGGGAUUCGGCAAGGGGUACGAGAGCUUCGUUGACGAUAUGUUCACUGCGAUCGACGUUGAGAAGCUCGUGUACGACCUGAAGGAGCAGGGCAUCGACACGGUGUACUCGUCGAUGGACGCGGGGCAUUACGUGAACGACUUUCUGUAUUACUGUUCGCUGGCGGAGUCGAGGCGCACGGCGACGAAGCACGAUAGGACAAAGCUGACACGGGUGCUGUUCAUGCAUUGCCCUCCCGCGGGGCAGCCGGUCAGUACGCAGGAGGUCAUCGAUGCUGUCAAAAAGAUUAUAUUUUGGGUGUGCAAGGACGAGGAUACGAUCCCGCCGGUGCCACCCCUGACAGGACGAUGAGUGCGAUGUAGCUGCGGGCGAUGCCGAUAUGGCAGGUCCUGGGUAUAUCUGUUUUUGUUUUCUUUGGGCUUCUCGGUGUGUCGCGUCUGAGUGUACGAGUAUCCUGUCUCUGUCCUUGUCUCCGUUACCCCUCUCUUCCCUCACACCUGUACUUUACAAGAGGAAGACUCGAACCGCUCGGUUCGCCAUGCCGCCACAGUGGCCUCCUUUUUUUUCUACUAGACGUUCUAGAUGGUCAUUGUGAUAGGGUCAUUUACCAUUUACGUAGGUCAGAAGCUGCAGCACCUUUUGGGGAUAUCAUGUUCUGGUGUCUGUACGCUCUUUAUGCGUGCGGGCGUGUUUUUCAUGGACUACUAUAUUCCAUGUAGCGAUCAUGUUGUUCGAGUGCCACGGCUCGACUGGGGCCUAUACACACGUUGCUAUAAACACGUUGAGGGCUA